UUCCCGUGCUCUCGGCGGCUCCCCUCCCCCGCCCGGCUCUCCGCGCCCCUCCUGGGCGCCGGGGCGGCGGGGCCGUCGGCGUGCGGCCGUCCGUGCAUCCGCGCGUGCGUCUGAGCGCCGCGCGCCCCGCGACACCGAGGCCGAGCGGGGGCAGGGGGCUGCCCGCCAUGACCCCCCGGAGCCCGGCGUGAGGGGACCGAGAUGCGGUGACCCACCAGCUCCUGCUGCGGCCUCGAUCCUCAAGUCGCCCCAUCUCUCCACACCCCGGGGGGCCCGUCCCCCUCGCUGCUGCUGGCCACCAUGUCAACCUCGUCGCUGAGGCGCCAGAUGAAGAACAUCGUCCACAACUACUCGGAGGCGGAGAUCAAGGUCCGAGAAGCCACGAGCAACGACCCGUGGGGCCCGUCCAGCUCCCUCAUGUCUGAGAUCGCCGACCUCACGUACAAUGUCGUCGCCUUUUCGGAGAUCAUGAGCAUGAUCUGGAAGCGGCUCAACGACCACGGCAAGAACUGGCGGCACGUCUACAAGGCCAUGACACUGAUGGAGUACCUCAUCAAGACCGGCUCGGAGCGCGUGUCGCAGCAGUGCAAGGAAAACAUGUACGCGGUGCAGACGCUGAAGGACUUCCAGUACGUGGACCGCGACGGCAAGGACCAAGGCGUGAAUGUGCGCGAGAAGGCCAAGCAGCUAGUGGCCCUGCUGCGCGAUGAGGACCGGCUUCGGGAGGAGCGCGCCCAUGCGCUCAAGACCAAGGAGAAGCUGGCGCAGACCGCCACGGCCUCUUCGGCAGCCGUGGGCUCGGGGCCCCCGCCCGAGGCAGAGCAGGCGUGGCCGCAGAGCAGCGGGGAGGAGGAGCUGCAGCUCCAGCUGGCCCUGGCCAUGAGCAAGGAGGAGGCCGACCAGCCCCCGUCCUGCGGCCCCGAGGAUGACGUCCAGCUCCAGCUGGCCCUUAGUUUGAGCCGUGAGGAACACGAUAAGGAAGAGCGGAUCCGCCGCGGGGAUGACCUGAGGCUGCAGAUGGCCAUAGAAGAGAGCAAGAGGGAGACGGGGGGCCAGGAGGAGUCGUCCCUCAUGGAUCUCGCCGACGUCUUCACGGCCCCAGCUCCUCCACCGGCCUCGGACCCCUGGGGGGGCCCAGCGCCCAUGGCCGCCACUAUCCCCAUGACUGCCCCCACCUCGGACCCUUGGGGGGGACCCACUGUCCCUCCGGCUGCUGAUCCCUGGGGUGGUCCUGCCCCCACACCAGCCUCUGGGGAUCCCUGGAGGCCAGCUGCCCCCUCAGGGCCCUUGGUUGACCCUUGGGGUGGGACCCAGGCCCCCGCGGCUGGAGAGGGGCCCACGCCUGACCCGUGGGGGAGCUCAGACGGUGGGGCCCCAGUCGGCGGACCCUCGGCCUCUGAUCCCUGGGCCCCGGCCCCUGCCUUCUCAGAUCCCUGGGGGGGGUCACCUGCCAAGCCCAGCACCAAUGGCACCGCAGCAGUCGGGGGGUUUGACACGGAGCCUGACGAGUUUUCUGACUUCGACCGACUGCGCACGGCCCUGCCGCCCUCCGGGAGCAGCACGGGGGAGCUGGAGCUGCUUGCUGGAGAGGUGCCCGCCCGCAGCCCUGGGGCGUUCGACAUGAGUGGGGUUGGGGGCUCUCUGGCUGAGGCCGUGGGGAGCCCCCCGCCUGCAGCCACUCCAACCCCCACACCUCCCACGCGGAAGACGCCAGAGUCAUUCCUGGGGCCCAACGCAGCCCUCGUUGACCUGGACUCGCUGGUGAGCCGGCCGGGCCCCAUGCCGCCAGGAGCCAAGGCCUCCAACCCCUUCCUGCCGAGCGGAGCCCCGGCCACUGGCCCCUCCAUCACCAACCCCUUCCAGCCUGCACCCCCUGCGACACUCACCCUGAACCAGCUCCGCCUCAGCCCCGUGCCCCCAGUCCCUGGAGCGCCACCGUCGUACAUCUCUCCCCUUGGUGGGGGCCCUGGCCUGACCCCCAUGAUGCCCCCAGGCCCCCCAGCCACCAACACUAAUCCCUUCCUCCUAUAAUCCAGGGCAGGAGGGGGACUCGGCCUGGCCCAGCCUCCCCCAUGUCUGCUCCCUGGGAGACCAGUGUUGUGAGUGCAUGUGAAGCGGGGGACUCUACCCCUACCCCAGCACCCUUCCCCUCCUGGGGCCCACUCACACUACACCCUCUUCCCACGUUCCCCUGCCCCACUUCCCCGGGGAGAAACUGGACAAGGGGGAUGGGGAGGGGUGCUGGACAGAGGAGGACCCUUUCCCAUGGCAUUAGAAAGGGGAGGACAGCUGGGGCCCCCCGCUCUUACCCCUCUCUCCAGCUCCUGGUGGGCCCCUCAAUCAGUGUUUGAGCCUCCUUCCCCUCAUGCACCCCUCGGUGAAUCCUUGGUGAUGAUUUUGGCAACUUCGGGAAUAAAUGGCAAUUCUCACGGG